UACAGUUGUUUGCCAACCGCCGAAUAAACUUUACCAAGAAUAGAAAGUAGAAGAAGAAGAAGAAAACGUCAGUAUGGCGGUGCUCCUUGAAACGACGCUGGGGGAUAUCGUAAUUGAUUUGUUCACAGAGGAAAGACCUAAAACCUCACUAAACUUCCUGAAAUUAUGCAAGAUAAAAUACUACAACUACUGUCUCAUCCACAAUGUGCAGAGGGAUUUCAUUGUCCAGACUGGAGAUCCUACUGGGACAGGCCGCGGAGGGGAAUCUAUUUACUGCAAACUUUAUGGUGAUCAGGCACGAUUUUUCGACUCGGAGAAGACGCCACGCAUCAAACACAGGAAGAAGGGGACGGUUUCCAUGGUGAACAAUGGAAAUGAUCAGCAUGGCUCUCAGUUCCUCAUCACCACCGGGGAGAACCUGGAUUACCUGGAUGGAGUCCACACCGUGUUCGGAGAAGUUACAGAAGGUUUGGACAUCCUGGCUAAAAUCAACGAGACCUUUGUUGACAAGGACUUUGUCCCAUAUCAGGACAUCAGGAUCAACCACACAGUGAUCCUGGACGAUCCUUUCGAUGACCCUCCUGAUCUGCCAGUUCCUGAUCGAUCGCCUGAGCCCACCAAAGAGCAGCUAGAUAGCGGCCGUAUAGGAGCCGAUGAAGUGAUAGAUGAUACGGAUGGGAAAGCGGCCGAGGAGCUGGAGGAGAGGCUGAAGGAGAAAGAAGCAAAGACUCAGGCUAUCCUGCUAGAGAUGGUGGGGGACCUUCCUGAUGCAGAUGUGAAGCCUCCUGAGAACGUCCUGUUUGUGUGCAAGCUGAAUCCAGUCACCACAGAUGAGGACCUGGAAAUCAUCUUUUCUCGCUUCGGCUCCAUUAAAAGCUGUGAGAUCAUCAGAGACUGGAAGACUGGAGAUUCCCUCUGCUACGCUUUCAUCGAGUUUGAAAAGGAAGAAGACUGCGAGAAGGCUUACUUCAAGAUGGACAACGUGCUGAUUGAUGACCGGAGGAUCCACGUAGACUUCAGCCAGUCUGUUGCAAAGAUCAAAUGGAAAGGGAAAGGAGGAAAAUACACCAAAGAUGACUUCAAGGCCUACGAGAAAGACUUGGAGAACCGCUCCAAACUGGCUCUCAAAGAUCAAGUGAAGCCUAAACAAGACUCCAAGUAUGACCUGCUCAUUGAGGACGAGGAGGAGACAACGAGCCAUCGGCCACCUCAGAAGAAGCACAAGAAGCACCAUCAUCAUUCAGACGAUGAAGACAGCAGGAAGUCUAAAAAGCACAAGAACAGCGAGGAGAGCAGACGCGACAGGAAGUCAGGCAACCAGCGCUCCCGCUCUCGCUCCCGCUCCAGAGACAGGGACCAGAAACACGGCCGGUCCCGGCCCAAGCACGGGAAGGAGGGGCGGGACAAAGGUCACAGGGACCGGAGCCGCAGCCGCUCGCCCAGGAGGUCGAAGGAUAAAGAGAGGAGCCGCUUCAGAUGAGGGCCAGAUUUCUGCUGCUAUUUUCACUCUAACCUGGGUUUGAAUGACUUAAAGCAAAAACAAAACCGUUUGAAUCAUUUCCUGAUCAGCAAACCAGAGAGAGAGAGCUGUAGUUUUUCUGAACAUAGAAAGAUCCUCUCAGACAUGGAAGUUGUCUCAUCAGUUCUACAUUUUUAAAUUUUACUAAUAUUCUUUUUUACUGUGACAGACUUCCUCAUGGCAGCCUUGUGUUUAUUCUGCAUCCUGUGACUGUGCCUCAUUUAGAACAAAGGUUUCAGAUGAUCCACCUGCUGCUGACUGCUUGGGGUUUUUAUAUUUAUGAAAUGUCUGCAUGGAAACUUGAGGGCGGAGUGUCUCCCCACAGCCGAGGGAAAUCACUGGUGUCUCCCUCCACCCACCCUUUAUCUUCAAAUGUCACCGUUAAUAUCUCUUAUCUGCAGGGCAAUGAGAGGCGUUCAACCCGGUACUUUAUGUCAACCUUUCAUUUACAGAGAUCACAUUUUUUACACAUAUGUCUGAACUCAGCUGCAAAGUUAUUGUUUUUUUGUAUCUGAUUUCAAGCAUAAUAAACACGUCAGUAUUUUGAA